AUGUAUGGUACCCAGAUAGACCAAAUUUUUGAAACUCUUAUCGGUGGCUUGGGUGCAUGGCAAGUCUUCAUUAUCCUCCUCAUCUCACUCUCCUUCUCCAACAAUAUGAUCAUCUCCGUGUUCUUCAACUCUGUUCCACGUCAUCGUUGUCGUGCCGAUUUAGCAUUGGAGGCGCAGUUUCAACAAUGGAAUUUCACUCAUGUGGCCCGAUUUUUAGGGCCUGUGGAUGAGAUGGACCAUCACUUUCGACAGUGCCGAAGAUAUGCCGGUAGAGCACCAUCCAACCUCACUACAUCAGCCCUCUUCGAAUUCUACAAAAGUGCUCGCGACUCUGCUACCGCUGCAAACUACACCUGUUUCAAUGGUUACGUUUUUGAAUACUCGAAGGUGCAGUACAAAGGUGGGAUUGUUCAACAAUGGGAGUUAGUUUGUGACAAGGCUUGGCAGCUACCCUUCAACGAGAGUGCGUACAUGGUCGGUAUGAUGGUUGGAUUUAUAUUCGGUGGGUGGUUAAGUGAUCGAGCUGGAAGGCGCAAAGCCAUGGUCAUUUCUGGUUGUGGUGAGAUAUUAGCCGGUGUGGCCACAGCUCUAAGUUCAAGCCACUGGAUCUACGUGGUUGGAAGGGUUGUGCUAGCCACAUUUGCGACAGCCCGAGGUUCAGCCUACGUCGUUUUGGCAGCCGAAAUAACCACUGCCAAGUGUCGAUCCACCUUGUCUGCCAUUGGCAUGGUUCUGCAAAUCAUUCUGCAAGGCUGUGUUCUCGGAUUCUUGGCCAUCCACGUGACAAAUUGGAGGCUGUUCAUAAUCUUCAACAGUCUUCCAAACUUCCUUGUCAUUUUGCACAUUUGGCUAAUUCCCGAGUCGCCCAGAUGGCUAGCGGCAUGUGGGAGGGCAGAGGAGGCGGCUCAAAUCCUCUACACCGCGUAUCGUUUUAAUUCACGAUUUCGCAAGCCCCAACCAUCAGGUCUCAUGACCACUGAAGAAUUCCUUCAACAUGUAGGCUUAGGUCCCAAUGGACGACAAGAUGUAAUUCUUCGAAACAUACGUCUACGAACAAUUUACUCUUCCAGCGACGGUGCCAAUGAAUUCGCCAUUUGGCAGCUCUUCAAGUCCCACCUAAUUAAAAUUACCCUCCUCUCAACCUCAAUUCUCACCUGUCAAAUAACCUGCAUUUUUGGAAUGGUAUUUUUUGCCAGCAACAUAAAAUUGCACGUCUCCUUUGUUACAAUUGUAAAUUCGAUUGCACAAAUUCCAGGAUGCCUUCUAGCCGCUGCACUCUACCGUUUCUGCAAUUCACGCAAACUGCCACUUUUGGUGAUCUACGUGAUUGUGGUGAUCAUGGGUGCAGUGGCCGCCUUCCACACAAUGCAUUUCCAUCCACCUACGGAUACCAUCUUGAAUGUGUACAGUAAUAUAAUCAUCCUUUUUCUCUCAGCUGCACAGCGAAUGCUCUUUAUAUACGUGCCAGAGUUGUACAAACCGAUCUACCGAAACAGGGGAUUCGGACUGGCGGCUGGGAUGGCUAGACUGGGAGCCUUGUGGUUUCCCCUUAUUAAUCGUCUCGACAGGGAAGUAAUGCAUGGUCUACCCUUGCUCGUGUAUACCCUCAUUAUGGUGUUGCAAUUGGUUUUACUUCUCUUCUUGGAAAAUACAACAGGACUGGCUAGACGAUCAACUAUUGCAGUUACUCCAGCGGAUGACGGAGAAGUGGAAAGAGAGGAGCCACAACAAAGACCAGAAACUCAACUUCAGGAGUAG